AUGCGGAGUUUCACUUUCUUCGAACGAGUUUAUAGAGCUUUCCGUGACCAUGAUCAGUCGCAGUUGAAGCUUGUACUGCUCUGCACCACCGUAAGUGGUGGUGGUCUUUUGGCUUACGGUGAGGCUGUCGGUGCAUCUGAAGCGGCAGUGACCGACAAGAAAAAGGUGGUGGUGCUGGGAACUGCGCGCAGCAUUGUUGAACCCGUCCGCAAUAUUUUUAGGAAGAAAAAGGUGGACGUUGAAUACAGUGAAGCAGAAUGUGUCAAGAUUGACGCAGCAAACAGGAAAGUUUACUGUCGAUCUAAUAGAAGCAAUAAUUCGAACGUAAAAGAAGAAUUUGUGGUGGACUAUGACUACCUAAUCAUAGCCGUGGGAGCAAAUGUCAACACAUUUAAUACUCCCGGAGUGGUCGAGAAUUGCCAUUUCUUGAAGGAAGUUGAAGAUGCACAGAAGAUUAGAAGAACCGUUAUUGACUGCUUUGAGAGAGCGAGUUUGCCUAGUCUAAGUGAAGAAGAAAAUAAGAGAAUUCUUCAUUUUUCUAUUGUUGGAGGUGGUCAAACUGGAGUGGAGUUUGCUGCCGCACUUCAUGACUUUGUCAUUGAGGAUUUGGUCAGGUUAUAUCCUGGGAUAAAAGAUUUAGUUAAAAUUACGCUUCUGCCAAAUGAAAUGCACUGA